AGCACUGCCUCCAAUGUCAAGCAGUUCCGUCAAUCACAACAAGACGGGAGCCCUGACGCCGCAUCCCCCAACACAACCUACCAAUCUGCGAAUCUGGCAGACAGCCUUUCGACAGCACUUCGGCCCCUGUGCCAUUUCGCUUUUCCUAUUUUCUUGUCAAACUUGACUUCGUUUCGCGAAAGAUGCUAAUACAUGCCGUAACCAGAUUUCCUCGUUAGCGAAAGGCUCCACUGUUACUUUCCUUGAAAUCACACCAUCUCCUUCGUUCAGUUACAAGUACCGUUCAACGUCCUGCUUCACAUCGCGGCGGCGGGACGACAGAUCGCUCAGGUUUGACAAUGGCUGCUUUGGUGCAAGGCUAUCCCCGGCAAUCCGGGACUGCUACCAUGCUUCAGACAAGACCGGCCUCCUCCACCGGCAUCAUCCAGCCUACCCAGUCGCAGUCAAAUUCACAAUAUGGUCACAACAUGUCCCAGAGAAACAACAGUAUACACGGGAUGUCUGGUGUGGUCGGCGCACCAGUGGUGUACCGUCCAGCUUCUGGCUCUGUGCAACAAUACGCUUUUACCAACGCGCCAGCUCUCAACCACGGAACACAUCACCACCAAUUCAGGCAACACCGUACCUCGUCAACGCCAUCCGUUCCCCAAGUACAGAACUUUGAUCAGUCUGGAGCGCGUCCCCGAUAUCAAUCCAGCAACUCUAUGUCAAGUAUUCCCAGCGCUGCAACUAGCAGUGGGCAAUCAGCCGGCGGUUCGAGAGACGAUUCGGUCAUUUCAGUGGGCAGUAGUAGGAGAGUCGCUCCUUUACCUCGGCCUCAUUCGGCGCAUCUAGGCGAAAUUUUCUCGGUACCUCUGAUCGCUUCAGCGGGCCCGGCCAAGGUGUCGCCAGAGAGGUAUCGCCGGCCAGCGCAACGGGCGAAUGAAUCAGCACCAACCAUGUCAAACACAUCGGAGCAAAAGAGCGGUAUGCUGCGCGGUCCAAACGGAUCACUCGCACACCGGCCAAAUAGCUUCUCAUUGGGGGGCUCAGCGGUCGAUGACAUGCUUCUCCCUCAUGGUCAAAUUCGGGAGGAUGUCAAGAGAGCCAGGAGAAGCAGCAUGCCUGCAUUGGAUUCCGCCGGUCUUGCGGUGCCCCUAAACCCCCUCUACGCUGCUCAGCCCGCCGACAUGUCCUCAAAGUCACGAAAGACUGGCGAAAAGGAAAUCAAAACUUCUGGACGAACGGUCAACAACUUGAGUGUUGAUCGAGUUGCUGCUCAUACACGUACCAGCAGUACUGAUAGCCGUUCGUCGAGCCGCAGCACUGCUAGCAGUGGAACCCGCCCAGCAUCUUCUGCCAACCGCAGCGCCAAUGUGGCCAACCCCACCGGAAACCCCGCCCACUCUUCUAUCCCAGAACAACAUCACAGCAACGGCCAAGAUCACGCUCGACUGGUCAACAUCCCCCCAAGAGGAUCUUCUUCCGAUGCUACCAACACGAAGCGUCUUGCUAACCCCUCUCCUCUCUCUAAACCCGUGGCUAUGGACACUGAGGCCGGACGCAACGCGACCGCUGGUGCCGCCGCUGGUCGCUCGGCAUCGCCGGUAAAGACGACCCCCUCGCCGCGGGUUGAUAGCCCGGCUGCGAAGCAACUCGCUGCUGUUAGUCAGAACGAUAGCAAGCCCAAGAGCAAGACGUCACGACUUCGUCGGGCAUUUUCAUUCGGCAGUGCGGCUGAGUUCAGGAAAGCGGUCUAUCAUCAGGACGCCGAGAAUGGCCCAUCUAAACUGCACAAGGAUCGGAACCCCGAUGAGCUGUUAGAUGCUGAGCAGGCCCGUAUCGCACAGCAGCAAGAGGCAGCUGGUAUUGGAAGCAACAUAUAUGGCCCCAGGAUAUUUGGGGGCUCGACCGACAAUCUCUCCAUCUCCUCAACUGCCUCCUCGGCUUCGGUUAUGAUUCGAAAGAUGGGACGCGGCAUGAAGAAGAGCACCAGGUCACUUGCUGGACUGUUCAGACCUAAGUCCGUUACUGGUGUCCCUGCUGCCGACGCAAAGGCACCGGACGCUUCGCGAGCUGCAGUGUCCAUGAUAACUGUUGAAGCUGAAAGGGAAAGGGUUAACGUCAACGCCGAUGUUCGUUCCCAGAACGGAGGCGGUACCGGAUUUCCCCGUCUUGAAAGGAAUUCACUCGAUGCUAGCAGAGCGCCAGGUCUUAGGACGGAGCGUGCGGGAAGCCUGGGUAGUGAGGGAUCAGCUGCAAGGAAGAGCAUUAUCAGCGGUGAACGAGAAAGGGCCGAAGUGCUUGCUGCAGUUCGCAAGGGAAUCUUGAAACACACCAACAGCAACUCGCCGAGCCCAUCUCCCCGACCUGCGGAGAACCGAGGACUUGAUGCCCCAAGUGCCAUCACUGACUCUCCCAACUCCAGCGCACCCAGCACACCCAACAAUGACGACCGAGCUGGCCAAGUUCCGAUUGGUAACGAGGAUUAUUUUGUGACAGCACUUCGCCUUCGGCAGGACACCAAGAGCGCACCUGGGACACCUCAGGGAUCCAUGAAGCGAAACGCCACAUUCAGCCCACGGAUUGCCUUCUAUGAGACGUGGCCCAGCCAGGAGUAUGAUCGCCGCGGUGAAGUCGCCACUUGCAAUCGCUUGACACCUGUGCUGGCCCAACAAAUCAAGGAAGAACUCAACAGCUUCAAGAUGGUACGUUUUACUGACCGUUAUCUUCGCCUUGGUCGUAUGCUUACCUUGGCUCUCUUACUAGGAAAUGGAAGUUCACGAGAACUCUAAAAUCUACACGCACUUCUUCUAACGAGUCCAACGUUACGGCGGUUCAACGUGCAUCUCACCCAUAAUUCUCGUUUCCGAGGCGUUUCCUAUUUCUCUCAGCAAAGAGCAUUGUUCGGUGUUUAUGGCGUUAUUCGGAUUUUGUCGCUUUCAGCAAGGCUUUAUUGCCUCUAGACUCACUCAAGAGUAUCCUAAUCUUUCCUUUUGAAAAUGGGGCGGUAGCUGGCUGCAUGGUGGUGUAUAUGGACG